UAGUGUUUGCUAUGUGUUGCAGCCAGUCGGAAAUGCAAACGAGACGUUUCGUUCAGCGUUUUUAUUGAGAAUUUGAACAGUUUUGCAGUCAGGCAAGUUCCAAGUCGCUUGUGACGAAUCCCCAGUCGCGAAACACAAAAUCGCUUUACCAUACCAGUCGUAACUCGAGACAGGGAGCAAGAUAACAUAGGAGCAACUUGACAUGUAACACCGGUGUGACAUAACCCGGAAGUGUGCUUCAACAUUGUCAAUUCCUGCUUUUCCAAACUACAUCCAUACACUUUGUUGAGCUAAGUGGAAUGGCUGGCAGGAGCGGUUGUGCGACCCCGGUGGUCCGCACGAUUCUACAGCAAUGUUUGCAGGCGAGACUGCAGGUGAAGCCGCAGGACGAGCAACAACCGGCUCAAUGGGUUCAGAUUGAAAGAGGCAUGGUGGUCUACGUUUGUUUUUUGAAAGGCGCAACAGAAGACAUCCUUCCCAAGAUGGUUUCCACGCUGCUCAACGUGCGCGUCUGCGAGUCGCCGUCAGGGAAGAUGGUUUCGCUGGCAGAGCUCCCGGGUAGCCUCCUGCUGGUCCCUCAGGCCACUCUGGGCGGCAAAGCCAAAGGCAGGACAGUGCAGUACCACGACAACAUAGCCAAGGAGGACGGACUGCGGCUCUACUCCUGCUUGGAGGCUCUGUGCCGCCAGGAGGUGACGGCGCCUGGCCUGAGCGUGCAGCACGGGACGUACGGGAAUAGACAGGUUCUGCACAUCCAGACCGAUGGACCUCACGCGCACCUGCUGGAAUUCUGAGAAAGGCUCUUCAUCCGUCUUGAGUUGGCUCCUUUUUGUGUCCCAAGAUUAUAAUCUGAAAGUAAAUCAGA